CGUGCGCAAGCGCGACUAUAAUUUUUUCAAUAUAUUUGUAGAAAGAACAAUCAGUUAACUAUAAGUGUUCUCCAUAGAAAGAUUAACUGACGUAUAUGAAAAGACAAAUGUAAGGUCGUCAUGAGAAAUAAUGAAAAGGACAAUUUGGAUAAUAUAAAAAUGUUUAAUGAAAAAUACGCUUUACAAAUUAAUCGAUGGACUCUUAAAAUAUUGGGAAUAUGGCAGUUUGUUAUUGAAUCCUCUAAUUUUUCAAAAAUUGUUGCUGUUUGUCUUAUGAUAGUUUGUAUAAAUUUAUUAACAUUUGUCAUAAUACCAGGCGCGCUUUUUGCAUUUGUUCUCAUAAAAGAUCCGGCAGUCAGGCUUAGGAUUACUGGAGCUUUGAGUUAUAUUGUUAUGGGUAUUAUAAAAUACUAUUAUUUAACAACUCAAAGAUAUAAAAUUAGUGAUUGUAUGAAUCAUUUGAUUUAUGACUGGAAAAAAAUAAACAAAUUCGACGAUAAAAGUAUAAUGAUAGAUUAUGCUAAAUUUGGUCGUCAGAGCUCUAUUUUAAGUGCUAUUUUUAUGUAUAGCAGCAGUAUAUUCUACGUGUUUAUACUACCUUUUGAAUCAACAGGAAUGAACAACAAGGGUAAUGUUACAACUCUAUCAUUCGUUUAUCCCUGUCAUUUUAUUAUUUUUAACCAAUAUGAAAGCCCAGCAUAUGAAAUAGUUUACAUUAUGCAUUGCUCCUGCGCUUUUGUACUGGCUUCAAUUACUAAUGCAACGUGCAAUCUUGCUACAGUUUUUAUUAUGCAUGCUUGUGGACAGUUAGAAAUAAUGACAUUAUGGUUAAAUGAUAUAGAUACGCCUGAAAAUACAGGAAAAAAAACAUAUUCAAAAUAUUUUGCUAUUAUUGAACAACACACGGAAACUUUGAGAUUAGUUGAGAAAAUUAAAGAAUUAUUCCAACAUAUAUGCUUUGUGGAAGUUAUCGGAUGUACUUUGAAUAUUUGUCUAUUAGGAUACUAUAUUUUACUUGAGUGGAAAAACAACGAAACUGGUGGAAUGACGACGUAUAUAUUGCUGUUAGUUUCAUUCGUUUAUAACAUUUUUUUGUAUUGCUACGUUGGAGAAUUACUUACUGAAAAAUGUCAGGAUGUAAGUAAUGUUGUAUAUAUGAGUAAAUGGUAUCAGUUACCUGAAAAUCUUGCUCGAGGAUUCGUUUUAACUAUUGUCAUAGCUCAAAAUUAUGAACCUAUAAAAGCUGGAAAAUUAGUCUAUCUUUCUAUUGACACUUUUGGUACGAUAAUUCGAACUGCACUGGCAUAUCUGAAUAUUUUACGAACAUUUAUGGAAUAAAAGUGACCAGUAAAUUAUUGAAUAUUAUUUUUGAGUCUUAUAAUAAAUGAUUCUAUUGAAAUUCAAUUAAAAAAUUCUACCUUCCAUUUUAGUCACUGUCAAUUCACAGAAUGGAUACUGAUCUAAAGAAACCUAGAAAUUGGUGAUAUCACAAAUUUUUUUGAAAAGUUGAUUGAUAAAAAAGAAAUAUCAGUCGUAUUCAUAACGAUUUAUUAUUAACACACGUUUAU